GUUAUAAUAUAUGUUAUUACCAGACAGACAUCAAUGUCAAUCAGAAUUCAGAAUAGUAUUUCGUAUCGUUGAUUAUUAUAUCAUUGACAUUCAUCGAAAAUCGAGUGAUAAAGAACUUAAUUGGUAACGAAAUUGAUUUUCUGUAUCAAAUACUAUACCAAUGAGGUAAUAAAUAUUAUAUUAUAUUUGAGUGUUGAAGAAAUUUAAGGUGCUCAUUACAGUAAUAUACCACCACAUUCAAGUGUCCACCGUAGUGGCGAUAAAAGCUUAUUUCGGUGUCUUAACUUCCAUAAAGUCUUAAAAUAAAUAUAAUUUUUACAGAUUACUUUGAUUCUUUACCGAAAAAUAAAAUACAACACUAUGGUAAGCUAUAAAUUGAAUGUAAAGUCAUUGCAUCCUUUUGUUGGCCGUUUGGUCACGUCAUAUGCAACGCUAAGCACUCGAAGUCUUUCUUCGUUACGACCAGCUGAAGUCGAAUCUUUGCAUGAACAUAGUGGUCUACAUAAAAUAAAUAUAUCAUCGAAGAAUCCUAUUGAAAUUUUUAGUAAAUGGUACAACGAACAUAUGGUAGCUAAUGCAUCUGUGACUUCUGCUAAAGCAUUUAGCUUGGCCACCGUUUCAAACACCGGAAAGGUAUCUUGCCGUAGUUUAAUAUUACGACGCUUGGAUGAAGAUGGGUUUGUGAUGAUGACUGAUGGAAGAAGUAGAAAAUCAAAUGAUUUGGCGGAAAACCCCCAGGCUUCCAUGGUGUUUUUGUGGUUGGGCCAAACGUCAGACAGCUUGCCCCAGACCAGGCAGGUGCGUAUCGAAGGCACCGUUAAAAAGCUGACCACGGAUAAUAUGAAAGAGCUGUACGACAUUGAACCGCUGUUUUGUAAAAUUCGUGCGCAGAUCUGUGAGCAGGGAAAGGUAGUAGAGUGGGAGCAAUUAAAGCGCGACCACGAUCAGUUAUUCGAAAAAGUGACCAAGUACAAUGUCCAGCUUCCUAAGCCCGACCACGUCGUUGCUUACAAACUCAUGCCCGACGUGAUUGAAUUUUAUGAAGCGAUUGGUCAGAAAAUCGGUGACAGAUUAUUGUUCACCAAAGAUGGAAUUUCAUGGCAACCAAAACAUAUAGCUGCAUAA